AUGCAGUUUAUCGAUUUGGCAGCGCAGCGCACACGUUUGGGCUCGGCGCUGGACGAGGCCGUCAGCACGGCGGUGCAUGGCGGCGCCUACAUUCUUGGGCCGCAGGUCGCCGAGUUCGAAAAACGGUUCGCCGACUAUCUGGGCGUCAAGCAUGUGAUCGGCUGCGCCAGUGGCACGGACGCGCUGCAGAUCCCGCUGAUGGCGUGGGGUGUGGGUCCCGGCGACGCGGUGUUCGUGCCCUCCUUCACCUUCGCGUCGACCGCCGAAGUGGUAGCGCUUCUGGGCGCCGAGCCUGUCUUCGUCGACAUCGAUCCGGAAACCUACCUGAUGGAUGUUCGGUCGCUGGAAAGCGCGAUCGCGAUGAUCGAGGCCGAAGGCCGGCUGACGCCGCGCGCGGUCAUUCCGGUCGAUUUGUUCGGCAUGGUGGCCGAUUAUGACGCGAUCAUGCCGGUUGCGCGGGCGCACGGGCUCAAGGUGAUUUCCGAUGCCGCCCAGGCGGCGGGCGCCAAGAAGGAUGGCGCGUUCUGCGGCGCCUUCGGCGAUGUGGCGACCACCAGCUUUUAUCCGGCCAAGCCGCUGGGCUGUUACGGCGAUGGCGGCGCGGUGAUGACCGACGAUGACGAUCUGGCCGAGGUGAUGCGGUCGGUCGCCUUCCACGGCAAGGGCGAAAACCAGUACGACAAUGUGCGGAUCGGCCUGACCUCGCGGCUGGACACGAUCCAGGCGGCGAUCCUGAACCUCAAACUGGACAUUCUCGAAGACGAGAUGGAAGCGCGCCAGCGCGUGGCGCAGCGCUAUCAUGAUGGGCUGAAGGAUGUGGUGAAGACCGCGCGCAAUCCCGACGGCAUGCGCUCGGCCUGGGCGCAAUAUGCCAUCGAGAGCAGCGAGCGCGAUGCGCUUAAGGCGCAUCUGGGCUCGAAGGACAUUCCGUCGGUCGUCUAUUACGUCAAGCCGCUGCAUCAGCAGGCCGCCUAUGACCGUUUUCCGGUUGCGCCGGGCGGGCUGCCGGUCACCGAAGCCAAGCCCGCUACGAUCCUGUGCCUGCCGAUGCACCCUUAUCUGAGCGAAGCCGAUCAGGACCGCGUGAUUGCCGAAAUCCGCGCCUUUGCCGGCCGCGACGCGUUGCCGGUGGCGGCCGAGUAG